AUGGGCUCCUUAAGAUCACAGGACAUGUCUGUGAAAACAGCUCUGUCGCAAAGUGAUGGUCCAACAGAGAUCCCCCUUCUGAAGAAGACGAUCGGACAAGAGUUUGCGACCAUUGUUGAGAGAUUCCCAAACCGAGCCGCCAUCAAGUCCGCCAACAAAGAGAUCUCAUACGUGGAACUGAAUGAGAUGAGUGAUAUUCUGGCCAUAGCUCUUCUUAAUUUAGAAGUCCGACCAGGCGACCGCGUUGCUGUCAGUUUGGGAAAUUGCAUUGAAUAUGCUGUGAUCGUCUACGCGUGCUUCAAGAUAGGUGCUAUUUUAGUUCCUCUAAACCCUGCAUACACACCUUUGCAAACCAUUUCAGCUCUGAAUCAUAUUUCGGCGAGAUGCUUUAUAAUCAGUGCGGAAAUCACACUUCCUUACAAAGAUCCUCAAUCUACCAAGGAACUCCUCAACAAGAUUAUCUGCCCUGAUCCAAACGUCUCAGCCAAGGUUUCCUCUCUCCGGGACAUAAUACUUAUUGAUAACUCUAGCGGACGGGUGGAUAUUACUUCGAUGCCGGUUACUGCGGAUUACUAUGCCUUGUUACUUGCAUACCGAGGGCAGCGUUUCCUCAUCCAGCAUCAGUUGCAUGCAGACGACGUUAUCAAUAUUCAGUUUACAUCGGGAACGACAUCCGCUCCCAAAGCGGCAUGUCUGACCCAUCGCAAUAUCUUGAACAAUGGCUUCUUAGUCGGCGAAGCUAUGACACACGGGGCUGCCCUGCUGUUGCCUUCGGAAAGUUUCAAUGCUAGAGCGGCUUUAAAAUCAAUCGCAGAUCAUCGUGCAACGGUUCUAUAUGGGGUGCCUACAAUGUUUAUAGCGGAAUUAGAUCUUUUGUCGGAGAAUCUUCUGCCAGCUUCCGCAAUAAGAAAACUCCGCACUGGGGUCAUCGGAGGCAGUUCUAUCCCUCCAGCGCUGAGGAUCCAACUACAUGACAAGAUGAACCUAUCUGGCUUGACUAAUUGCUAUGGUCUCACGGAGGCUUCACCUAUUGCAUGCAUGACGCGCAUUGAUGAUCCUCUCGAAUCGAAACUCGAGACAGUCGGCAAAGUGCUUCCACAUACUUCCAUCCGAAUCACGGCCCGCGAUGAUCCUAAUCAAAUUCUCCCACGAGGUGAAAAGGGGGAGAUCCAAAUCGGGGGUUACUCAGUCAUGAAAGGUUAUUGGCGGGCUGAAGCCGAGACAAAAAAGGUGCUUGUCAAGGAGGAUCAUUUCUCUGUGCAAAAUAAACAUCGCGCCUCGUCUUCAUCCGCAUCUUAUCCACGUUUCUGGCUACGUUCAGGUGACGAAGGUCUAAUUGAUCAAGACGGAAAUAUCAAAAUCACAGGUCGCAUCAAGGAUAUCAUCAUCCGUGGUGGAGAAAAUAUAUACCCCGCCGAAAUAGAGAACUGUCUCCUGAAACAUGAUCUCAUUGGCAAUGCUAGUGUUGUUGGAUUACCAGAUGCACGGUACGGAGAGGUCGUCGCAGCAUUCAUUGUGCCACAAGAGGGUGUCACGCCCAUUGUCGAAGAUCAAGACCAGACAGGGGACUUGCGCCUAGCGAAGGAUGCGAUUGACGGGCAUCAUACGAACAGCAACUUAGUACUCAUCAAUGCGGAAAUAGUCCGACUCUGGAUCCGUCAACAUUUAAGCAAAAUGCUGGCUCCGAAGUAUGUUUUUUGGGUAUCUCAACUGCCUCUUACAGCUAGUGGAAAGGUCGAAAAGUAUAAAUUGCGAGAGAUGGGAGAACAAUGGAUGAGGCAGUGA